AGCACUAGUUCCCUUCCAGGGAAAUAAUAUAAUCAACUAUUUUUUAAUCGAAAGAGCAACCGACUGGAUUUCUUCUUAAUCUCCAGAUCUGUGUCAAGAGAAUCUUGCCUUCUUUUGAGCCUAAGUCAUGAGUUGGAUGUUCCUCAGAGCCCUCUUAAGUGGAGUAAAUAAAUACUCCACUGGGAUUGGGCGGAUUUGGCUGGCUGUUGUGUUCAUCUUCCGGUUGCUGGUCUACAUGGUGGCAGCAGAGCAUGUGUGGAAAGAUGAGCAGAAAGAGUUUGAGUGCAACAUUAGACAGCCUGGUUGUGAAAAUGUGUGUUUUGACUACUUCUUCCCCAUCUCCCAGAUCAGACUUUUGGCCUUACAACUGAUCAUGGUCUCUACGCCUUCACUUCUGGUGGUUCUACAUGUAGCCUAUCGCGAGGGUAGAGAGAAAAGGCACAGAAAGAAACUCUAUGUCAGCCCAGGUACAAUGGAUGGGGGCCUGUGGUACACUUACCUUAUCAGCCUCAUUGUUAAAACUGGUUUUGAAAUUGGCUUCCUGGUUUUAUUUUACAAGCUGUAUGACGGCUUUAGUGUUCCCUAUCUUAUGAAGUGUGAUUUGAAGCCUUGUCCCAACACUGUGGAUUGCUUCAUCUCCAAACCCACAGAGAAAACUAUCUUCAUCCUCUCCUUGGUCACGACCUCGUGCCUGUGCAUUGUAUUGAACGUCAUUGAACUGAGCUUUUUGGUUCUCAAGUGUUUUAUUAAGUGCUGUCUCCAAAAAUACCCUAAAAGACUCAAGUGCUCGGUGUGUGAGUGCCACAACCUCAGAUACAUUGAAUGUGGUGAGACAGGGGCCCCUCCCCUAGCCCAGAAUCACCAUUCAGACUCGGCCCUAAGCACAUCCCAGCGAGGUGAAACAGAGCUACUUUGCAACACACAAGAGAGUUAAACAAAGAAAACCUACAUCCCUCCUAAGCAAGACCUAGGCUGGGUUUAAACAAAGGGUGUCAGCCUUAAUGUCACCUCGGAGGAAUUUUUAAAUUUUUCAAUAUGCGCUCGUUUGUGUCCACUAGACAGAGGUCUCAUUGUUCUGUUGUAGGGUUUGUGUGGGUACAUGGGUUGUGUUUAAAUAGUUAAUUGCAAAUUAGUCUGAAGAAAUCCAAC